UUAUAAUCAUUAAGUUAAUGUUUACUAGAUCAUUCAAAUGACAAUUAUUAUAAAUGAGUCGAUCCUCAUACUCGGCCAGUGUACACGCAGCUUUAAACCUGACCCGCGGCGUGUAAUUUCAUUAAACUUUCGACUGUCGAGAGGAAAACACGUCAACAAUGUCUCGUCCCGUGUUAUCGACGCACGCCCUCGACACUUCCACCGGGAGACCCGUCGUCGGUAUUUUUGUGGAGUUGUACAAGAAGAGAGACAACUCGUGGACACAGUGGCACAACACAGUGACAUCUAGCGACGGAAGGAUACAGUUCCCAUUCUCGAAGGACUCGAUGCCCGCCGGCACCUACAAGCUCAAGUUCAACGUCGAGGACUAUUACAAGAGACACGACCAGGAGACUCUGUACCCGUUCGUGGAGAUCGUGUUCAACACUAAGGAAGACGAACACUACCACAUCCCGUUGCUGCUGAGCCCCUUCGGAUACUCCACCUACAGAGGCAGCUAGUGAUGUGAACUCGUGAUAAACGUCUCAAUUAAAACACUAAUCUCAUACGAAGCAUUUCGUAAAUUGUCUUGUAAUAAAUUAUUUAAAUUUCUUACACAAA